AUGAUCGGAACCUGCCGGAGGCUGCUACUCCGAUGGGUGCUCCAGUCAUCGUUUACCCUGUGUCUGCCUCUGCUGCUGGUGUUGGUGUUGCUGGUCGCAGGAAGGACGCCGCGCUGCCGGGCACUGGCCCGUUGGCCAGCGCUGGACUACAAAUCCGACCGGGCGUUCUACCCACUGAUGGUGUCCUUUUCGCGGUAUCCGUUCCACGAUGUGUACGAAACAGUGCCUGCCUGUGCCCUGCCAGCCCCACGGCCGCCACCAGCACCAUCCUCUUCAACGGCGGCCACCGGCCGCGCCCUGUUGGCCAAGGUGCGCAAAACCCAUCUGUUCGGGGCACACCAGCGCGAAUGGCGCCAACAGAAGCACCAGCAGUCGGUCCGGUUGCCGACGAAGAGCAUCUGCCAGGGACUGAUCUACCUGCCCCGCGAGUGGGAAGCUUCCGGCCGCCGCAUGAUGCCACCGAAGAUGCGCAAGCUGCUCAAGUACUGCGGGUUCAUCUGAGAAUCGGUGUUAUAUUGGAAUAAAGUUACCCUCUGUGAUGUUACUGCACGAAAACAGGAGCCAUCAUUCAAUUGAAGGCCAGGUGAAACGGACCACUCCAGUUUGUGAUAUAAAAAGCUGCAAAGCAAAGUUCAUUGCCAAGCCAGCAACAAACGACAGGGGCGCGUAUGCUGUGUUAUUAUUUGGCAACCGUUU